CAUAUCCUCUGUUAUGAUGGAUACUAACGCCAGACCGAAGUCCAUGAGCCGAGCAAAGCAAUGGACAGGUGAGGUUGAGAACCUGUACAGAUUCCAGCAAGCUGGAUACAGAGAUGAACUGGAGUACAGGCAAAUUAAACAAGUCGAGAUUGACAGAUGGCCAGACACUGGGUUUGUGAAGAAGCUUCAACGUCGAGAUAAUACAUUCUACUACUACAACAGAAAGAGGGAGUGUGAAGAUAGAGAGGUCCAUAAAGUAAAGGUUUAUGGGUACUGAUGGCCCAAAUUCAACCAGCACUUUUCCCAUGUUUUUUUUUAAAGCGCAGUUGUUAAAGUCUUCAUCCAGUCGACAUGUCAAAGUCUUCAUCCACUGUACAAUUCAAUCUGAAUAAACAUUUUCAUGUAAACGAACCAUUUCAUGGUCUAUAUUUAAAGGUCAAAUUCAACCCCUUAUCCACGUAUUUAAUGUGUGAAUACCAGUAAACAUAAAUAAAAUCGAUUUUUAUGUUAUUUAUUUGUUUAUUGCAUCUAGGAAUUCAAAUAUGUCCAUGUGUUUAAGAGCAAAGCUGCUUUGACAGUUGAUUUGUAUUAUUUAAAAAAACGUUUGUUGUAGGGUAAAGAAAACAAAUAAGAUUUAUGUUUGUCUUGUUUUAUUAAAAUACUUAAUAAUAAAUAAGCCCCUUGUAUCAA